CACGAAACCACUUCUCUAUAUAAAAUGCUGGCGAUCUCUUUUUUUCAUUUUUUUAUAGAUCUCAACAACUUCAUAUAUUAUCGUGGAUUUGCCUUAAGUUGUUAUCAUCCAAAUUGGGAACGUUCCGUCGCAAAAAUCUGGGAUACCAAUGAAUGGAGCAAACAAUAUUAUUUGGGCUUCUGCCUGCAGAUUCAAAGCGGUUAAGUUUGUUCGGUUGGCUCAAUCUUUUAUCGAGGAACCUUUUAUAUUUGCUGAUGAUGUUGAUUCAAACAAAGCCGCAGUUGAUUUUGGUUCCUUUCCCCAUACGUUGGCUAAUGGAAAAUUGUUUCCGCUGUAUUGGAAGGGGUGCCGCACAUUGGAUAAAAUCGCCCUCGUGUAUCAGACAACUUGGAGUCUUUCAUUGUUCUAUCGGUGGUAAAGUUGCUGCUACUAAAAGUAGGUCACUCAUUUCGGAAUAGUGGCAAAGUUCAUUUUAUAAUGAAAGCCAUUACAAAAAAUUGUUUAAUAAGUUCUAUUCCAAUAUUCUCUUGGGCUACAAUGCAAAUCAAGAAACAUCUACUUUUUAUGCUGAUUUUCCCUUUGAUAAAUCCUACGCUG